AUGGGGGCGGCCGCGCCCCCCAGCGCGGCCCUGGCACGCCCCGCCGCCGGGCAGCGCCCGCUGGCGGCGCAGCUGCGCCAGCGCCAGCCGGGGCUGGCCGCCCUGACCCAGCGCCAUCACGCCGCUGCCUGCCGUUGCAACCGGUGCGGCCGCGGUGUGGCUCUGCGCACCUCAGCUGUGGCCAACACCGACAAGCGGGAGCAGCCGCACCCCUACUUUACCGACGAGUGGAAGGAGUACAACCGCCAGUUCCAGCGCCCGGUGUUUGACUUUGAGCGCUGGAAGACCCAUCGCAGCUCCAGCCGUUACCUGCGCCACGUGCUGGGCAUGGGAGACUCCAAGAUUGUGCAAGGCCUGGCCAAGCCCCUGGCCUAUGUGAUGACUCUGGCCACCGGCGUGGCCCUCUACCACACGCUGGCAGAGGCUGGCUACCUGACUGAUGUGCCCGACCUCAAGGCCACCAACGCGCCCUUCGGCCUCACCUCCUUCGCCCUGUCCCUGCUGCUGGUGUUCCGCACCAACACCAGCUACCAGAGGUGGGAUGAGGCGCGCAAGAUGUGGGGCUCCAUGGUGAACCGCAGCCGCGACUUCACCCGCCAGGCUCUGGGCUAUGUCCCCUACUCCCAGCCUGAGCUGCGCUCGAUGCUGGUCCGCUGGAGCAUCGCCUACCCACGUGCGCUGAUGUGCCACCUGCGCCCUGGCGAGAACAUUGAGGAGGAGGUGAAGGACAUCCUGAAGCCAGAGGAGGUCAAGGCCCUGGCUGCCUCCACCCACCGCCCCAACUACUGCAUGCAGGUGCUGACUGCAUGCAUCAAGCAGGCGCAGCUGCCGGCAGCCGUCACCAGCAACCGUGACAGCUAUGGCGCUGUUCCCGCGGGUGCUGCGUACCGCAUGGACGAGAACCUGACCGUAUACUCGGAUGUGACUGGUGGCUGCGAGCGCAUCCUGCGCACCCCCGUGCCCUUGUCCUACACCCGCCACACCUCUCGCUUCAUGAUGAUCUGGCUGACCCUGCUGCCCUUCACUCUGUGGGACAACUGCGGCUGGGCCAUGCUGCCCAUCACCUUCAUUGUUUCCUUCCUGCUGCUGGGCAUUGAGGAGAUUGGCGUGAGCAUUGAGGAGCCCUUCACCAUUCUGCCGCUGGAGACCAUUGCCCGCACCAUUGAGGCCAACCUGCGCGAGCUGGAGGCCACCCAUGGCCCUGCCACCCUGGGCAAGGCCCCUGAGGGUGCCAUGAAUGCCACCGAGCUGCUGUACGAAGUGAUCCCCAGCGCAGCCCCCGCUGACACCGUGAACGCCAACUCGAAUGGCGCCCAGAUUGCCGUCAAGGCAUGAAGCAUUGCACCAGUUGUUCUGCUGAUUGGGGCAGCCACGCAAAGGCAACAACGCCCCGACGGUCCCACCCAUCAGGGCCACGUGCUUGCUGCUGCACGGCCCUCAUUUCAUACCUCCCGGUGGGUCUAUAGCUGUUUGACACAUUUUAUCACGUAUACGUAUCAGCACUCAAUCCCGGCGUCUCCUCGGCUACUCUUAGGACGUCCCAACGAUUCCUUCUGCUCCUCGGUCCACAGCACUCGCCCGCCACCCUGUUCCAUCAUGCUGGGCAUGUACAGCCUUCGCUUUUGCUUCGCAUCUGUUCCAUUCUACAUGUUACAUUACAUGUAAGAACAACUUGGACA